AGUAUAAUUUUGUAAACUUUAAACUGAAACUGCAUGUCUACAGUACAAGUAACUCUUUUGCAGAGAUAAUAAAAUUUGGGUUUGCUAAAUUUGUUUAGGUUGAUUUUUUUCAGACAUGCAUUUCAGUACAGGAGAAAUAAUAUGUAAACAUGUGUGAAUAGAGCUGUCUGGUCAACCUGUGAUAAUGUACACUUUAAGAGGUUUUGUACACUCCUGUUGGAGCAGUGGGGCUUUUUCUGUGAAGCUACUGUCAACCAAUCAAAUAGCAAAGAUACAUUAUAAAGUGAUAUCCCGAUGCCUCACAACUGGACAUAUACCUGUGGAAAAAAUACUUUCCAAGCAUCAGCAACAGAAACCUGUGAUCCAACAUAAGAGAACAUUAAUGAAGCAUUCAUUAUCAUCUUUCAUACCAAAAUAUGAUGAGGACAAAGUACCAAGAGACUUUGAACUGAUAUAUGAGGCGACUCUAGCAAAUACCCAUGUUAUAGCGUUUUUUUGUCUUGGCGCAUUUAUCUUGCUGUAUGGAAGUUUUAUGGCAUAUUUAUGUUUGCUGUUUACAGAUAACUGGACAUUUGAGGAGCAGACAGUCAUUACUGGUACUAACAUGACUGUUUCAACACUCGGGUUAAAGUUUUCUGGAUCAGUGCUUUGUUUUCUGAUUUUUUGGUUAUUUUAUGGGAUACGAUAUGCACGGCUGCCUGUACAGAGAAUUUAUCAAAGUCCCAAUCAUAUAGACUUUAUAGGAAUUUUAAAGUCUGGCGUUUUUAAAACAGAGAGGGUGGAGUUUAAUCUUAGUGAAGUUAUAGGUUUAUCACCUGGUGCAAAACGAGGUAAAACUUCAAGUAAUGCAAUUGUAAAAGGAAGAGAAUGUCUUAUUUAUGCUAGUGACUUUAAAAUACCAGAACAGUUCAAUCAUAUUCUAGGCUUUAAACAGUGAUAAAUGGCUGGUUGGUGAGUCAUUGUAUAUAUAGAGAAAGAGAUCAAUAAAAUUGUUACAUUUUAAUUCAAAGAGAAUGUUAUGCUGAAUGUAGGUGAUAGAAACAUUUUUCGAUGACAGAAACAUUUUCUGUGCUCAUUUGAUUUUUCAUUUAUACAUAUUAUUAUAUUAAACAUUUUCAGACAUU